GUUCGGCACUCCCUUAUCAUGUGAUCAGUUAUAUUAUCCUUCAUCUUGGUUUCAUCUUCAGAUCCAACUUCUUCCAACUGCACGUUCAUCUCACAAGGAGGGAAUGCCAUGUGGGUUGUUUGAAUUGGAGCAAGAUCUUUGCUGUUCUGUGGGUGGUACAUAAUUUAUUUGGUGAGCAUUGCACGAGAUGAGCAAAUGCAAGGGGUGUGGGAAUUUAGGGAGAAUGGUGGUACCAAGGGACAGUUUAGUGAGUUCGUAUCAAUAUUCUCUUAUGCUAGAUCCGGCUAUAUCCGUAUGGGAUUGUAUUGUUCGUAAGAUGAGGUAUUCCUUUACAACCGAGUGGGUGUAGGGGUGAAGAAGUUGAGUUUUGGUUUACAUUUUAGUAUUAGUGUUUGUGUUAUUCUAAUAGUAGCUGCUAGCAAAGGAAGAAAUAAUCAAGAAAGACUGACUUAAUACUUGUUAAAGAGUUUUUAGUUUUUUUAAAGUAUAGGUAGGUUAAAAGAGAUGGAUUUUGGUAAAGGUGUUAAAAAGGGGAAGAAGAAGCAAGUGAAAGAUGAAUUGGAUCGUAUUAAACAGGCAGAGAAGAAAAAGAGACGACUGGAGAAAGCCCUUGCAACGUCGGCAGCCAUUAUUUCAGAGCUAGAGAAGAAGAAACAGAAGAAGAAAGAAGAACAAAAAAGGCUGGAUGAAGAGGGUGCUGCAAUAGCUGAAGCGGUCGCAUUGCAAGUCCUAAUUGGUGAAGACACAGAUGAGGAAUGUGGUAGUAACUUUGAUGAUCUGUUUGGUGGUGGAACAGGCAGUAACCGGCCUUAUAUUUACAGGAGGAGUGGCAAUGGAAAUGGUUGGAUUUUGAAGAAUGGUGGGUGGGGUGAAGAUGGGUGUUUAGAGUAUGUUGAUGAGAUAUCUGCACAGGCUGUUUCAGGGCUACAGAUUGCAGAUGACGAAGAUACGAAUGGGUAUGUUUAUAAGAGAAUGGUGAGAGGGUGAUGCAUGAUGCAAUUGGGGUUAUUUGAUAAUAAGAUGUGUGUUUGUAUAUACUUUGGGGGUGUUUGUUUGUUUGUUGAAGAACAAAGUGUAUUAGGGGGUGUUUAUUGUUAUUGAUCUCAUAUUCCAAUA